AUGUAUCGCCGAUCUUCUCGUGUUCCAGAGGACGAUGAAAUCUCCCUCAUUUCCAUGCAGGAACUCGCCCCGUCACCUAUCGAAGACGACGAAGCAGACUACUACUACAAUGCCGAACAGCUAUCCGUGAAUCCUGUAGAGAGGAAGGCCACGGACCUUUCCUCUUCCAAUUACUCCAACUACUCACAAACCUCGUCCAAUCUGACCUUCUGGUUGGCACGAUCACAAAAAUACUCAUCCUACGCAUUCAGCGCUUUCCUCGGUCUCCACGCCACAACCGUCUCACUAACACCCCUCUUCCUCGGCCUCGACGCCGGGAACUCCUCUCUCCUCCUCGCGCGCACCUACUUCUACCAGUCGCACCCCAUCGUCGAAUCAAUACUCAUUCCCGGGUCGCUGCUCCUGCACGUUGGGUCCGGGCUCGGGCUGCGGGCAUACCGCCACUACCAGCAGCGGCAGCGUUACGGCGGGAGCCCCCCACCGGCACUGUCGCAAUGGCGUCUGGGGAACUUCUCGGGCAUUAGUCUGGCGGGAUGGGCCAUGCUGCCGUUUGUGGCGGCGCACACGGGGCUGCUGAGGGUUGUGCCGCUGUGGGUGGAUGGGGGGAGUAGCGAUAUCACGUUGGAGUACCUGGGGCAUGGGUUCCAUAUGGGGAGGUGGGGGAAGUGGAUUGGCACCGGGUUCUACACGGUGAUGGUUGGGCUGGUGUCCUACCAUGUCGUUUUCGGUUGGGCAAAAUACCUUAAAAUCGACAAGCGGCGGCGCAUAACAGGUGCUACAGCUGUAGCGGUAGCUGGCACAUGGCUCUCUGGGCUUUUUGUUAUUGCCAAGUCGGGGCCGGUGAGAGGAUACCUAGGAAAGCAUUACGACCAUCUUUACAAUGUCUUUUUCAUGAGAGCGGUAUAA